UGACUCCCUCGGAUGCCAUUUCCUGCAGAGAACCAUGAGCCCGUCCAGCGGCGCUGCAGACAUCUGCCUGGGCCCCAGCUGACCCUUUCUGGUACCUGGAGGUCCUCCUGGCUCCCAAGAUGCCCCCACUCUGGAAGCCCCUCAUUCUCCUGGGACUGCUGCCCCUGCUGUCCAUCCUGCCCAAGCAGCCCGGGUCAGGCCUGGCCGAGGCCCACCUAGAGAGCAGGCCCACCCUGGCAAGAAUUAUUGCCCAAGGCCUCACGAGACUCCACGCCGAGAGCCGGGUCCAGAGCCUCCAACUGCUCAGCAGCCUGAACACGUCGGAGCAUGGGCCGGCCGGCAUGGUGGGUUGGCUCAUCGGCAGCACAGGCCUCCAGCAGCAGGAGGAAGACAGCAUCAAUAUCACCAACGUUCACAUGGACUGCGGCGAGAUUCAAAUGUCUUCCCAUAAGGAGUGGUUCUCCGCCAGCAUCGCACUUGAAUUUGACUUGAUAUUUAGACUGCCCUUCAAUAGCAAGAUCAUACCGCUGCGCACACACAUGGACCUCACUGUGGAAUUCUGGCUGCAGAAAGAUGAGUUUGGCCGGAGGGAUCUGGUGAUAGGCAAUUGCUGCGUGAAGCCCAGCAGUGUUAGCAUGCUCCUAAUUGAGGAUGUCCCGCCAAAGACGCAAAGUGUUCUCAGCAAGCUCCGAGAGAACCUGGAGAAAGUGAUCCCGCAGCUCGUAGCCAGUCAGGUAUGUCCUCUGAUGGAAGAAAUCCUCAGACAGUUGGAUGUGAAACUGUUGAAAAGCCUGCUGGGGGAGUGCCUGUGUCCACACAGGAAGGACUGCCUGGGCAUGGCCAGUGGCUCGAAGAGGUGCCUCCCCCCGGAGCCAGAAGCACGUGCUCUGAAAACACUUUAGCGAAGAAGAAGGUACCUUCUACCUCAAAAAAAGUCAACCAGCCAUGAACCCGACCAACCUCCGUCGGCCAAAUUGAGUAGCCUCUAGGUGUCCGCAAUGAUUUUGGACCUGCCAUAUCCUGGAACGGAAAGUCUCCUUCAGAGUGAGGCUUCCUCUGUCCCUGAAAACCUUGACCACAGGUCAUGUGGACUUCUUGUCCUUUCCCCCCAAUAAAGUCCCUCUAGCGCAGGAGAA